GGACUUCAUCUCUGUGAUGAAAUCAGCUACAAGUGAUGAGUUAAUGUUUGACCAGGACCACACAAGCUGCACAAGGAAACUAUGUGCAAGACCUUCUCUUCCUCCUUAUUUGCUUUACAAGGAACCACUGCAUCCCAGCUGAAAACUUGUCAGUGAGUGGAAGGUAUGACUGUGAGGACAUGUAUUGCCAGUCCAUGCCUGAAUCCUCUGGGCUGGAGCCAGGAGCAGGGGUUAGAUGUACUGCCAAGCAGACCUGCCUAGCACAGUGGAGCUUCAUGGACCUUUCUGCACAUGGAUAAAAGCAUGUACACCCCCAUCUGCCUGUCCGACUACACGAAGCCGCUGCCCCCCUGCCGCUCCGUCUGCGAGCGGGCCAAGGCCGGCUGCUCGCCCAUCAUGCAGCAGUACGGUUUCGCCUGGCCCGAGAGGAUGAGCUGUGACAACCUGCCGGUGCUGGGGGACUCUGAGGUGCUUUGCAUGGGAUACAACCACACGGAAGCCACCACCCUGCCGCCUUUCUUCGGGAAGCCCACGCGCCCUGCCAAGGACAUGGCCAAAAACCUGACGCCGCUCGAUGGGCAGCGCCUCUCAGGGCUGGACUGUGGUCAGACUUGCAAGUGCAAAGCACCCCUGAUCCCCAUCUCCAAGGAGUCCCAUCCGCUGUACAACCGCAUCAGGACCGGGAAGGUACUCAACUGUGCCAUCCCCUGCUACCAGCCCUACUUUACCCAGGAUGAGAAGACCUUCGCUACCUUCUGGAUCGGCCUCUGGUCCAUCCUCUGCUUCCUCUCCACCUCGACCACCGUGGCCACCUUCCUCAUUGACAUGGAGCGCUUCAAGUACCCUGAGCGCCCCAUCAUCUUCCUCUCUGCCUGCUACCUCUUCGUUUCCCUGGGCUACAUCGUGCGCCUGGUGGCAGGGCACGCCAAUGUGGCUUGCAACCCGGAGCACCACCACAUCCAUUAUGAGACCACAGGCCCUGCUCUCUGCACCGUGGUUUUCCUUCUCCUCUACUUCUUCGGCAUGGCCAGCUCCAUCUGGUGGGUCAUCCUGUCCCUCACCUGGUUCCUGGCUGCUGGCAUGAAGUGGGGCAACGAGGCCAUUGCCAGCUACUCACAGUACUUCCACCUGGCUGCCUGGCUCAUCCCCAGUGCCAAAUCCAUUGCUGUACUGGCACUGAGCUCUGUUGACGGUGACCCGGUGGCUGGGGUUUGCUAUGUGGGCAACCAGAGCCUGGAGAAUCUGCGUGGCUUUGUGCUGGCACCACUAGUGGUUUAUCUCUUCACCGGCAGCCUCUUCCUGCUGGCUGGCUUCAUCUCGCUCUUUCGCAUCCGCAGCGUGAUCAAGCAGGGCGGCACCAAAACCGACAAGCUGGAGAAGCUGAUGAUCCGCAUCGGCAUCUUCACCGUGCUCUACACCGUGCCUGCCACCAUCGUCAUCGCCUGCUACAUCUACGAGCAGCACAACCGGGAGGCCUGGGAGCAGGCACAGAACUGCUCCUGCCCGGGGGACUCUCACCGCCCCAAGCCUGACUAUGCUGUCUUCAUGCUCAAGUACUUCAUGUGCCUUGUGGUGGGGAUCACCUCCGGCGUUUGGAUCUGGUCUGGCAAGACGCUGGAGUCCUGGAGGCGCUUCAGCACCCGCUGCUGCCGGGCCAGGAAGCCUGCAGGUGCCUCGGUGUACGGUGAGGCCAGCCCGGCGCUGGUGGGCAGGACGGUGCUGCCCAGCAUGGCCUCCUACCACAAGCAGGUCCCGCUGUCCCAUGUGUGAUCAGAGGGAGCCUCGGUG